CUUGCUGCCAACUGGGGACGCACUCGCUGCGGCAAUUGCAGUUUUGAAUGCGUUCGGUGCAAGUCUCCAGCUGUGGCAGUGUCUGUGCCUGUAUUCGAGUAUCGUAUUGGUAUUGAAUUGGUCCAUUAUUGAUUGUCUCGCUCCGGACCCAAACGUGUCAACAACAACUUCUUGUGCCUUUUUUUUUUCUUGUUAACGAUCAAGUGUUGUGUGUGUGUGUGCGUGUGUGUGCCUGCGUGCUCAAACGCAAGUUAAAGCUAGCCAAAGAUAGUAACCAUGCCGGAGCGCAGCAUUAGCCAACGUGAUCUGGACGAGAUUGAGAUCGAUAGCGAUGAGGAGGAUGAGGAGCUCGAACAGGGUAUCGGCCUGCCGGUACAAUCGAUACGCAGACGUGCUGCUGUCUCACCGGAUGAUAAUGCCAGACGCCGCAUGGGCGCAACUGGCCAUGGUGGGCGUGGCAGCAGCAGCAACAUCAGCCAUACGAACGGACCACAAAGCCGCGAACGUAGCCGCGAGCGCUUCAGCAGCAGCAAUGCCGCCCAGGAGUCCGAAUUCUAUGACGAUGAUGAUGUCGAUGAUGAUGGGCGACGGGUUGGCGACAACGCUGGCAGCGACGAUGAGGAUGACAUUGAAAUGGUGGACUACGACACGUGAGUAGCUCGAAAAUAUUACGCCAAAUAUGUCAUUCAAUUAGAAUUUGAAUACUUAAUACCAGGUAUUUGCACUUUAAGUUAAUUAAAAUGCCAACCAGCGAAUUUGUGGUCUGCUUAAUAAAUACGAUACGUCCGCGUGGCCGGCCCGCAAAUAAUUGAAUUUACUAAAAGCACAUGGCAAAUAACCGACAACGAUUUAAAAACGAAUUUUAUAAUUACCAUUAUAAUUAAUUAAGCACUGCGCAAACAGCCUUAAUGAAAAAUUCAAGCGUUUUAUCCAAAUAAAAGCUUACCUUUGCGGGCUCCAAAUGCUCUCAUUUUGGCUGCAAAAGUAAAGUGAUUGAUUCUUGAUGACAAGAAAAGUUUUCACUUAACAUGUCUUGGUUCUGAUUUAAUCUGUGAUAGUUUCUUUAUAUGCUAUAUCUAAUAUAUUUAAAUUUUAUGAGCAUCGAUAAGUAUCGAUAAUAAUUCGAUUAAAGACGAGUCUUAUCAACCUGAUUUAUUAUAUCUUGUGCCGAAAUAUAUUUUUCAAGCGUAACAAGACAUUUUCUUUAAAUGCGCAUCGAUAAGUAUCGAUAAUAAUAAACUGGGCUUAAUAUCUUUCAUAUCUAACACAUUUUUCAUAGAAAAGAAAAAAGAAGAUUCGUUUUUAAUGAGCAUCGAUAAUAAUUUGAUCAAAGAGGAGUUCAAUCAACUAUAUUUAUUAUAUCUCUAACAUAGUUUUCAUGCAAAAGCAGACAAUUUGUAUUUUAUGAGCAUCGAUAAGUAUCGAUAAUAAUCAGCUUGCUUAUUAUCUCUCAUAUCUAACAUAUUUGCAUACGAAAAUUAACAGAAAAUUUAUUUUUAAUGAUAAGAAUCGAUCAUAAUGUGAUCAAAGGGGAGUUCAAUCAACUAUAUUUAUAAUAUCUCUAACAUAUUUUUCAUGCGAAAGCAGACAAUUUGUAUUUUAUGAGCAUCGAUAAUAGUCCGAUCAAAGUUGAAUAUUUAU